ACAGCCUCAGAGCUUCUCAGAGAGACAGCACAUCUUGACAUUGUGAGGAAGAUGCAUGUCUACAUCAGAGGAACAUCCAGGACAGGAGAAUAGCCCCAAAGCAAGGAGACAAAUACAUGCCAAGGACUACAAACAGAGAAAGAGAGUGUGAGCCCAGAGGGAAGGACAUUUUCAUAGAGGAAGAGGCAACAUUUGUAGGGUCAUCCUGCUGCCUUUUAUAGGAUCUAAUCAACAAUAUUUAAGCUGCAAUUAGUUUUUUUUUACUUCCUCUUUGCACACCGACUUCCACUCUGUCUCUUACUGCUGCUCUAACCGUGGUACCAGAAAAUAAGGACUGCUCUACGGACCUGACACCAUGAGCGAGGCGAAGAAAGGUGAGCUCGCCAUCCGAGAUAAAGCCAUCCUGCACCAGCAGAGGCGUCUCAAGCAGGCCACCCAGUUCACACACAAGGACUCCGCUGACCUCCUGCCCCUGGACGGGCUGAAGAGACUCGGCACAUCCAAAGACCUGCAACCUCACAGCAUCGUCCAGCGCCGCCUGCUGGAGGGGAACAUCACUCGGCUGCGAGGUGAGGCCAGAGAUCCCAGCAGCAGGGUCCGCUCCCCUCUGGCCGACACUAAGGACGGAACCGCCGACGCCGAGGAGAGGAGCGAGAGCACGGCAGACGACUCCACAGAAGAGAGGGAGUCUCUAGAGGAGAGUGAGAGGAGCCUACGGUCAGACGAAGAGGACGACAGCAGCGAGGCUGGAGCUAGACAGACGGCCGAGAAGAGCGAGGGCACGGAGAGCUCGACCCCUCUCACAGCUCUGGUUGUUCAAUGCAAAUGCUGCGAGACCGAAGUCAAGGCAUCCAUCAACACAGGCAGCCAAUAUAACCACAUCUCCACCUCCUGCUGCCAGAGGCUGGGACUGGUCCCGAGCCAAGACAGCUCACCGUGCGCUGUGAAGGGCUCAGUGACAGACCUGCAGCUGCAGCUGGGCAAACAGAAAGUCCAGUGUUCAGCUUAUGUCAAGGAGGAUGACACAUUCGAGCUGUGCCUGGGUCUUCAGACUCUGCUGGAACUCAAAUGCUGCCUGGACCUGAACAGUCGGGUCCUGAAGCUGCAGGGCUGCAGGGAGGAGCUGCCCUUCCUCAACCCUUCGACCGACAGCCAGUGCCAACACGACACUAACAAGAACCUGUGAGCCCGCCACAACAGCGGCGACCAAUUCCCUCAAAACUCCACUGGUUGCAGCGACUAGGCGCGGUGCUGGUUGUGUCUGGACUGAGCGAUAACGGUGUCUCUCACACUGCCAGAACACGGAGGAGCAUUGGCCACUGUUGUUCUUGAGUUUACAUCAUUGUGUUUGUAGAGAUAAUACAUUCACUAUGAUUAUCUCUUCUAUUAAAUUAGUCUUAUUCACAGAGCGGAUGAAUGCCACUUAAUGAGCCAAUCAGAUGUUAGUGAGUUAAAUCAUUCUUUAUGAUUAUACUGUAUAUUUAAUCCAAUUUCUCAGCUGCUUUGUUACUCUGAUGGUCUCCAAAAGGGAAAAAACAAUCAUUUGCAAGCGAACUUAAUCCGAUUAGGCUGUGAAAAUACCUUAAAUCAUCAAGUGAAGGGCGUAUCCCUUAGAUUUUACCACUGUAAAGGAACAGUUCUAUAUUUUGGAACGUACACUAGUCAUCUCUCAUACCAAGAGAGACCCAGUUUUCAAUUUCCUUUUGCUCCUAUUUUCUGGCAUUAUGCUAUUUUUGUUGUUCAUCCAAUGUUUUUUCAAUUUAAUUUGUUUUUAGAUACUUCUUUGGCUAUUUUCAUCAGUUUAUCCACCAUGUUCAAUUUUAAAAAUUCUACUGCUUGCUCACAACUUCAAGAUAAGAUAUUCCUUUACUAGUCCCAAAAUGGAAAAUUCCAAAGGAAUUUCAAGCUACCAAUUUCUAGUUUCUGUAGUAUUUUUGCUAAAGGUUCAUGCAACUGUUGGCACCUUACUUUUAGCUUAAAGUACACAGGAAACACUCGAGAAAAUGUGUGUUAUUUUUUACAGUUUAUUCAAUUACUUAAGCUAACUCUUUCAGUUUCUGGCCACACCCUUUGGCUAACUAUUCGAACAGUUUAUCCCCAAUUUAGAGAUCACAUUAUCUGCUCUGUUUACAUUGCUUUAAAGGGAUAUUUCAGUAUUUUUGAAGCUUGGUUGAAGGAGGAGCUUCACAACAGUAGUGCCAUCGGCCUCCAGAAAUUUCAGAGAGCGUUGUCGCUUCGAACAGGAUGUACUUGGGGAAGCUAGGGUUUUAGGUGAAAAUAGGCCCAAAAAAAAACAAAAAAAACAAUAUUGGCUUGAAUGUAUGCUUUACUGAAAACUUUUGGUGCUUUAUUUUUCACCCACAAAGCCUCUGUGUUUCGUGCUAUUUUGCAGUGCAAGCUUUGGCUUUGUAAACAGCUGUUUAUGCCAAAGACUGAGGUUUUCUGGAUGAAAAAUGAAAAAAAUGAAACACUUAUAAAUGUUCAAAAUAGCGUACAAUUGAGCCAACAUUGUUUUUUGGCAAUUUUUUUUUUUUACCUUAAACUCACUAAAUUACGCAGUAAACCUGUACCCAUCUGCUAGGCCGCAUAGCCUAGCUUCUCUGAGAAUUUCCUGCUCUCUGAAUGCCACUACUAUCACCAAGAACCUCAUACAACCCAACUUCAAAAAAUACUGAACUAUCCAUUUAAGCCCACAUACUCAACAAUUUGAUCAAUAUAUUGAGCUAAGCUUUAACUGUUGACUCUUAACUACUAUAGUAAUAUUUUAACUGUUGGCUAAAUAUUCAAUUUGGUGGCUAACUAAAACACAAUUUGUCCAGUAUUUUAGCUAACUAUUUCAAUCUUUGCCAGGUCACUUUACAGAUUAACUUAAGACCAUUCACUCUUUUGUUCUAGCCAUAAUGCCACAACAGUUCAAGAAGGACUUACACAGCUUCCUUCCCAUUAAUUCUGCUACUGGCUGAUUACUUUCUUCCUCUUUCAGGUUCUCGUUUUAGCUGUUUGCUAGCUUAAUUCAGUGAACAAUUCGAUCAGCUGGCUUCUCAGUUUUAGCCUACUGUAAUUUUAAUUGACAGGUCUCAUCGUUGGUUCAUUUUUCCUCACUUUGUUUUAGCAUCAUGUUAUUUUUGAGUUAGUUCUUUUACUUUUUCCAAUCACUUUCCUUGCGUGUUGAUUUGUUGAAACAUUCCCAAAUAGAUCACUUUAACAGUAUGAAGGUGCAAAGCUGACUUUAGCUGUGGAAGAGUUCUCAUUGUAUUUAAUUUAAGAUUAGUUUUUGCAAAUUAAUUGCACUGUCAAACAGUCCUACCAAAUACCACUUAGCUAGAUGCUGGAGGGCUAUAUUUUUUUCAUUUCUGACAAGUCAGGAUAAAUAUUCAUCGAACAUCUGCUGAACAAAACGAUACAGGGCUGUGAAAAGUAUUUGCCCCCCUCUUGUUUUUUUUUGUUGCUUUUUGUAAAACUUAAUAUUUCAUAUCAAAAAAACUUUCAUAUUAGGCAAAGACAACCUGAGUACAAACAAAAUGAAGUUAUUUAAUAAUGAUAUCAUCUUUUAAGGGAAAAAAGCCAUUCAAACCUUCCUGGCACUAUGUGAAAAAGUUAAUCCCAGAUGAGAAAAAAGUCUGGAAAGGGUCACAAAGCCAUUUCCAAGCGUUGGGACUCCAGUGAACCAGGGUGAGAGCCAUCAUCCACAAAUGGAGAAAACUUGGAACAGUGGUGAGCCUUCCCAGGAGUGGGUGGCCUACUAAAAUUACUAUCAAUUACUAUUAUAAGACUAAGAAUAUACCCAAUAAUAAAAAAUGCAGUUUUUAAAUAGUGAUUUUAUUAGGGGAAAUAACAUGCAAACCUAUCUGGCUCUAUGUGACAAAGUAAUUGCCCCCGAACCUAACAGCUGGUUGUGCCACACUUGGUGGCAGCAACUGAAAGCAAGUGUUGGUAAUAACUGAGUCUUUCAGAUUGCUAUGGAGGAAUUUUGGCCCACUCUUCUUUGCAGAAUUCUCCCAUGGAUACCAUUUUUGCCCAGUCUCUUUCUUAUUGUUGAAUCAUGAACACUGACCUUACCUGAGUCAGCUCAGGCCUGCAGGUCUUUAGAUGUUGCUCUGGGCUUUUUAUUGACCUCAUGGAUGAGUGGUCAGCGAGCUCUUGGAGUAAUUUGGGUAGGCCCACCACUAGUGGGAAGGUUCACCACUGUUCCAAGUUUUCUCCAUUUGUGGAUAACGGCUCUCAACGUGGUUCACUGUUCCUGUAACUCUUUCCAGACUGAUAGAUGCAAAUGACUUUGUUUCUCAUCUGGGACUGACUUUUUCACAUAGGGUCAUGACGGUUUGUGUGGCUUUUCCCCUUAAUAAAUGAAAUCAUCAUUUAAAAACUGUAUUUUGUAUUUACUCAGGUUAUCUUUGCCUGAUAUCAACAUUCAUUUAGAUCUGUAACAUCAAAGUUUGACAAGCAAGCAAAAUACAGUUGCACUGAAGAUCCUUAUGUUAUAUUUGGGUAUAUCUAUUACUUUAACAAUCUAAACGUCUAAUCUGAAAAAAUCAGCAGUACUCAGGAUGCAUUUCCAGUGGGUUAAAGGAUAAUUUUAAGGGUGUUUUUUAAAUUCUAGUAUACUGUAAUUAGGUCAGGAUCAGGCUACCUCUGUGAGAAAAAUACUGAUGGUUAUAUUGAGACAUUUCUGGGGAAAACACCUAAGUAACUCAUGUACUUCUGUUCAGCUUUGUAAAGCCUCUUUGCUCUUUCUUCCCCCAUCAGAAGACGCAUUUGUGGAAGUUUUCCAGGAGCACUAUUACAAUCUGUCACAACAGCCUACACUGCAUUAAGUAGUUCCCUAUGAAUCCUGUCUGAUUUAAAUAGACUUCAGCAAAACAUGUUUGAGUCAGACUACAGAAAUAUCAAAACAUUCCAUCUGCAUGACUUUGUAAAGUUCUGCCUUUGUAUAAGUCUGCAUGUUUGUGUACUAGUCUGAUUGUGUCUGAAGGGGCUGUGCGUAUGUUUAAGUGUGCUUGUAAGGAGUCGGAGCAGAGUUUUUCUGCCCCGUUUUGGCUCCUAUUUCACAUGGGAAAAAGUGGAAUAUCUUCCCCAGACCGGUCCACCAAGCUCUGGACAGAACAAGCUGCCAAAAGCCAACCCCAGCUGCCUUCCCUCUCUGCCUCUUUCAGGAGAUUUUCACCACUCGGCUGAGGUUGCUUUCUGUGCCAAGAAAGGCCUCCUCUUUGAAUCAACUUUCUUUAAAGGACCGGUCGUCUUGUGUAUCUACCACCUUUUUAGGCUGAUGUUAUUAACUUUGACGCCUCAAGUUUUGCUGAUUUAAAGGAAAAGAGCUCCCCCACUUUAGUGCCACCUGCCUUUUUUGUCUCGGUGUUUUUCAUAGCGUGGAGAAUCAAGAACUGCCUCAGAUGUGCUUACCGAAGGCCAUUAUGUUCUGCUUUAACAACACCUGAGCCGUGACAUGCUUCUGACUGUGCUACAGUAUACAUUUUACCUCUUUAAAGGGGUAAUCCACGCAUAGUUUUGGCAAUGUUUGUUUCUCUUUGGUGUACUUGUGACCUUCCUACGCCGUAUGAGAGGAGUUGAUGUAUGACAGAAGUUUAUUUUUGGUGUUUCUCUUCUUCUGAACAGUAUUUUCUCUGCCUAAUAAAAUAUGUAU